AUGGGAGCAGCAGAGCCACGCGACCAUUUACUGCCUGCCCCCUCGCCUGCCCCCUCGCCUGCCCCAUCGUCUGCCCCUUCAUCUCCAUCGCCUCAAUAUCAACAACGUCCACAGUCACUGAUUCCAUCUUUGCACAACCAGCGAAGCCCUGCCCCCGAAACCACACCAUAUAAUUAUGGUCAUGGCAGAGCUCUUCCACCGCCUUCAUACGGCAACAUCUUGACGUGCCGCAAGAUUGACUACCAAUGCAUGAACCAAGGCCCAGGUGGCAGCAACACCGCCAGUUACAGCCACACCCAGUACACUCCUCGCAACGACAUGUAUCCGCACCUUGCACCCCACCAUGCUAACGUUCCACACGCAGAAGCUUAUGAUAGUACUCGUGUGCCUGCUCAUCAGCAACGUCUGGAAGAUUACGAUACUUGUGCACUGGUACCUUCUCAACAGCAACAAUAUCCAGAAAUUUAUGGAUGUGCGCCUACUCGUGCACCUUCUGAGCAGCAGCAGCACAUGGAGAAUUAUGGUGCUCGUGCACCCGCUCCGGGUUAUGACAAGCAACAGCACAUGGAGAAUUAUGGUGCUCGUGCACCUGCUCCGACUUACGACACUCAUGUGCCUGCUCCCCAACAAGGACUUGUGGCUCACCGUGAUGGCAGGGUAGCAUAUAACAUGGACGAACGUUGGCAGCCUCACUACGGGCCCAUGGCGCAUCAGGCCAAGAACGUACUACAAACACCCCGCCGCUCUAGUCAGAGGAUGAGCCCUUUACCUGGUCUAGUUGCAUACUCAUCAUCACCACCCCAGUCUGAAGGUAACUAG